UGACAGAAUUGCAGAGGAGGAACCGGACUGACCGCUCCCACCUUCUCGUCUCCUUCCUAUAUCUCCGGGAGGACGUAGAAAAAUUUAAAAUCCUUUCCAAUCGUCCGUUUACCAACCAAAAAUGCAUUCGACAAAGCAUUCUGAUACGUCGUCGUUUCACCAGCCGCUCCUACCUGACCCGCAGUCCCAAUCCCAACACCAAGAACCCCCAUAUGUCGUCGUAUUAACCUACCAACCACCGCACUCCCGCCGUCUUCUAAGUAAAUCCUGUCGUCGCCGUCUAAUCUGCUUUGCCACUGUAUUGCUCUUCCUCGUCGCUGCCGCCUACCUCCUCUGGCCCUCUGACCCCGACCUCUCUAUCGUCCGCCUCCGCCUCGAUCGUCUCCACUUUCAUACCCGCCCGAAAAUCUCCCUCGAUAUCACCCUAGACAGCACCAUUAAGGUCCGGAACAGAGACUUCUACUCUAUUGACUAUGAUUCCUUACUCGUUGCGAUUGACUACCGGGGGAAGCGAUUGGGAUCUGCUGUGUCCCAUGGUGGCCACAUCAAGGUCCGUGGAACGUCGUACAUCAACGUCACGCUCGUUCUGGACGGGGUUGAGAUAUUGAGCGAUGUGAUUCUGUUGCUGGAAGAUUUGGCAAAGGGUGUGAUCCCGUUUGAUACGACGUCGCAGAUUAGUGGGAAGCUUGGUGUUUUCUUUUUCGACAUUCCUCUGAAGGCAAAAGUAUGGUGCGAAGUCAUUGUAAAUACUCGCAACCAAACAAUUGCCCGACAAAGUUGCUACCGGGAGGUUUCUGAAGAGAGCUAGGAGGUGCAUUUGUGAUAUCAUCCUGCAGCAAAUGGAAAGACACCAUGUACAUUUUCGUUAGGCUUUGGUAGGUGUCAUGUCCUAUGACACACAGCUCUUCAUGUUUCGAAUAUAACAUAGUAGCAUAUAUCACGUAUAUAUUUAUUGUAUAUGAGAAACUAUUAAGUACAGCAAUAGUUCAACCUGGAGUUGAUACUGGUCCAUAUCCCUGUACUGCAACUACUUAUGGAACUUCACUAUUUAUUCAUCUUCAUUUGUGGUUUUGUACAAGAACAUCAAAGAAUGGAGUAAAAAGUCUCCUUGUAAUGUA